AAGCGUUACUGGUACAGAUACAAAUAUCAUACAGGUCAACCCAGACGAGUCGCGAGAAUGGUGAAAAGGUACAAGUAUCUUACAGAUCAACCUAGAUGAGACGCGAGAUGGAGGUGAGUGCUACAAAUACAAGUGAACUUUGUCAGGCGGGUCGCAAAACGGAGGAAGCGGUCAGUCCAUCUUUUCCUUUCCCUCCUUUGUGCCUCUGUCCAUUCAUGUGCUUGUUUUUUUUUGGCGGGGCUGAUGGCGACGUCGAAUGUAGAGAAUCCCGCGAUAGCUGAGUCGUCUUUCGACAUGUCAACAGAGGUUGUGGAGAGGAUGGGGAUAAAACAUUCUUCCACAGGUUCAUCACAUGGAUGCAAAACCUUUAUGGCUUGCACGCCGAGUUGGAAAGUCUGGAAAGGGUCUAAACAGUGUCACAUGACCGAACGGGAUGAAGAUAAACAACCCGCUUGGGUAGCUAAACAUGAUUCCGUUUGGGCUGACAAUUCCAAGUAUGACCAGCAGAAAGCUGCGCCAGAACCAUCUCCGAAGGCCGAAGAAAUCGAGACCCAUCGAAUCUCCCAUUCACGAACGCGAGCCAAUCACGGCCAAGUCCGAUGUCGCACCCAUUCCAAUAUAAGUAGGAACGCGCGCCAGACUAAAAGUCGACUCUACAGCCACCUCAUGAGGCACAUUGCACUUAAGCAGAAAGGACAACGGCACGGUCGAAUCAAGAUUCGCAUCAUCGACACGAAUAAAAGUAGGAACAUCAGCGAAAGACCCAAGGACUUCGUGACAAAUAGAAGACAUAGUCGAUGGCUACUUAGUACUAAGGAAGAUCGAUAUACGGAGCGAAAUGUCUGCCGAGAAUUAUACCAACCGUCGACAGUAGGAACGCGCACCGGACCAGAACUCAACUCCACAGCCACGCCAUUGUAAUUGAAAAUAGAACGCGGCACAUUGCAACUGUGCAGAAAAGACAAUGACACAGUGGAGUCAAGACUUGCACCGUUGACACAGAUAAGAGCAGGAACAUCAGCAAAGGAUCCGAGGAUUUCGUGACAGAUAGAAG